GAGUACUAAACGUCACAUGAUAAAAACGGGUGUGAGCGCUAUUCUCUUAAUUUGUUCAUGAAAUGUUCUUAUUUUAAAUACUUCCGAGACUACUUUGUUAACUUAUAUCUUAAAGUUAACAUCAAUCAUUUGUUAGGAUUUCUUUAUUUCCCUUAAGAAUUACACAUAACGACGAAAUUAAAAGUAAUACAAUGAGAUACAUCCUAGGCACGACUUUUGCGGGCACUGCUUCUGCAACUAUUCUAGUAUUAGUAUUAUAUCAUUUAUUUACUGGAAAAGGAGAACGUGUUAGUAUUGCAUGGUUCCUAGAAAAUACAUCACCAUACAUGUGGGCAACUCUCGGUAUUGGACUUGCAGUUGCUUUAUCUGUGGUUGGUGCUGCAUUAGGGAUUCAUACAACAGGAGUUUCAAUUGUUGGAGGUGGUGUAAAAGCUCCAAGAAUUAAAACAAAGAACUUAAUUUCUGUAAUAUUUUGUGAAGCUGUAGCUAUUUAUGGUUUAAUCACUGCCAUUGUAUUAUCUGGAAUGUUAGAAGAAUUUUCAGCUGAAUCUGUCACAAAGGAAGAAAUUCGUAAUCAAAAUUGGUUUGCUGGUUACUUAAUGUUUGGAGCUGGCUUAGCUGUUGGUCUCGUAAAUCUAUUUUGUGGUAUAGCUGUUGGUAUUGUUGGUUCUGGUGCAGCCCUGUCUGAUGCAGCUAAUUCUGCUCUUUUUGUUAAGAUUCUUAUUGUAGAAAUCUUUGGUUCUGCUAUUGGACUCUUUGGGUUAAUUGUUGGAAUUUAUAUGACAUCUAAAGUAAAAAUGGGGAGUAAAUUAUAAUUAUAGAGAAAACAGUAAUGUUAUAAAAUAUU